CGCCCCCUGGCCCUCAGGAUUUGAGUUUGAGAGGCAGGGGCGGCUCAAAGGGCGAGAGUCCUCGGCCAGGCCUCGGCGGGCGAGCGUCCAGGGCCGUCCUGCAGGCGGGAGGAGGCAAGUUGGGGGCGGGGCUCAGGUGGCCGAAGCCGGUCGUGGAGCCGCUCUGCCAGAGUACCGCUGUCUUAGGAGCCUGUGGAGGUGUCCAGUGAUAUAUCCUGAGAGAAGAUGGGAAAGGGCUGCAAGGUUGUGGUCUGUGGCUUGUUAUCUGUGGGGAAAACAGCAAUUUUGGAGCAGCUUCUUUAUGGGAAUCAUACUAUUGGAAUGGAAGAUUGUGAAACAAUGGAAGAUGUAUAUAUGGCUUCAGUGGAAACAGAUCGGGGAGUAAAGGAACAGUUACAUCUUUAUGACACCAGAGGCUUACAGGAAGGCGUGGAGCUACCAAAGCAUUAUUUUUCAUUUGCUGAUGGCUUUGUUCUUGUGUACAGUGUGAAUAACCUUGAAUCCUUUCAAAGAGUAGAGCUUCUGAAGAAAGAAAUUGAUAAGUUUAAAGACAAAAAGGAGGUAGCAAUUGUCGUAUUAGGAAACAAAAUUGACCUUUCUGAGCAGAGACAAGUGGAUGCUGAGGUGGCACAGCAAUGGGCAAGAAGUGAGAAAGUACGCCUGUGGGAGGUAACGGUUACAGAUCGGAGAACUCUGAUUGAGCCAUUCACUCUCUUAGCCAGCAAACUUUCCCAGCCCCAGAGCAAAUCGAGCUUUCCUUUGCCUGGGAGGAAAAACAAAGGGAACUCUAGCUCCGAGAACUAAAAAUCAGUAAUGCUACAACUGUCUGUUGAAUAGAUUGCCUUUAGGUGUCCAUGAGCAUAUUUAAAACAAGGCAUUUGCAUCUACCUUUGGUCCUUAGGAAGCCUUUAAGGAAGUAAUGUACUUUAUAAUUAAAUUAUUUGGGCUAAGUUUAUUGCCUGAUAUGAAGUAAUUAUUUGCACUGUCAUUGUUUGAAACUUGUCCCUGAACUUGGCACCUAAAUUUUUGUUGCAUUUGUCCAAAGAGUAAAAUAAAGUUUGGGUAGUAUGUA